CACAGCGGGCGCAGUCGGUCGGGGAGGCUCGAGGGGCGUAAGGGGGCGCGGGCGGCGGGGAACUGAGUGUAGCCGAACGGACGAAACGAAACGAACGAAGCAACGACAAAGUACAACUACAAACAGUUGAACAGUCAUCUGCGGCGCGGUAACGUGCGUCGUUCGUUGUUGGAAUGUACGUCCACCCGAUAUACACUCACGAGGAAUAGAUUCAAUAAAUAAAUAUCCACACGUUAAUAAUUCUCAUACGUGAAAAAGAAAGUGGUGGUGUUGUAUUGGAGUGCUAGUGAGCCACGAGUGACGGUAAUAAAGGUGCGUGUGUAUGUGUGUAUCAGUGUUGUGUGGUGGCGUGGAUCGUCGCGCAAUUAUUAACGAUGAUUCACUUGCGCGCGGGUGAAAUGCAGCCUAUCGGACUUGUUGACAUAUGUUUAGAUGGGGUAAACAAAUGAUAUCAAGGCAACCUCUGAAAUAAUGGUGGACUGACUUCUUACCUCCGCGACAGAUUUAACAGUCGCGAAUACGAUGCCUCUAACUCAAGAAAAACGUUUAGAUAGUAACUUCGCUAACAACAAUGAUCAAAGUUAUCUACACAAGAAGUUUAAAAAGAUGGCGUCUACCAUAUCUGGUUUUCCUGCAAAUGGACCGAAGUGCGAAGAAAAUCGGCAAAAGGAAACAAUUACUCUUGCCUGUAAUACUUCAAUUUCGAACGGAAGCAUUGCAGCGGCACAUCCUGAAAUAGAAAAAAUUAAAGAACAGCAAGAGGAUCAGAGCACUGACGUGGAAAACGAUGUACAAAUUAAUUUUAAUGCAGAGAACAUUAGGUUAAGUGAUGUAAAUAAUGUUGUUCAGGUAACUGGUAAAACCAGUUUUACCGAGGAAUUUUUAAAUAAGACUGAAAACCUUGAGAACGAUUUUAUCAGGGAAUGCUACAGUGGAGGAACGGGGCGAUAUAUGUGCCCUUAUUGUAAAUUAUCAUGUGCCAAGCCUUCAGUUCUUCAAAAACAUAUCAGGGCGCAUACUAACGAAAGACCUUAUCCUUGUAUACCAUGUGGAUUCGCUUUUAAAACAAGAUCUAAUUUAUACAAGCAUCGAAGAUCGAGAACUCAUGCUCUAAGAUUGCAGGGAACUGAUAUAUCCGGUUCUAUAAAUGAGGAGGAUAUGUCUGGAGGAUCAGAAAGCGACACAUCUAUACCGCCAACAUCUCUGUCUGAUACUGGUUCUGAUGCUUCAGUUAUACGGUUGGACUAUAACAGAUCUAAUGAGAUUUCUUCACCAGAACUGACAAAUGAUAGCCACGCAUUACCAGUAACAAGCUUCCCUACGAAUGAUUACAAUAAAUCAAAGGCAAUUUACAAACCCAAGUUUAGAGCAGCAUUUUAUCAAGGAAUUGAUGAAAGAGAUAAGAUAAAGAAAACUAUUUCUACGAAUGCCGACUUUCUUACGGAACAUAUCUCUAAAAUAAUAUCUGAUAAUGAGGCCAUUGUUGAUGUUAUAGAAACUCCUCUACAAAAGAAGUACGGUAAAAUAAAGCAAAUUGCUGAGAGUAAACAAUUUUUAAAUGAAUCUGAAUUAAAACAAGAUGCAUCUCCGUUAAACUUAACUAAGAAUAAUUUUAUUUCUGAUAGUUCAUUUCGAAAGAGAUCGCAUUCUGAGAGUUUUUCACAAGUUGAUGACCAUAAACACCCCCUCAAUCCGGAAGGAUCUAUCAUUAAGGAUCUUCUUCUGAAAAGUAAAAAUAAUACAGUUAUGAUAUCAGGAGAACUCAUUGAUGGAUUAGGAGUGUUGUACGUUUGCCCACUGUGCCAAAUAAUUUUUCGAAGUGUUGAUAAUUUAGAAACCCAUAGACUUUAUUAUUGUAAGGGAAACAUAGGAACAAAUUCACCUUCCAUGAAUGCUCCACAAAAGGAAGUAAAAGUGGGCAGACCGGAAAACGUUUACACAAGAAGUAAUUCUAUAAAUGUUCGACUACCUGAAACACAAUCCCACAGUCCUAAAUUAAGUUUAUCAACAAAAUCGCCAAUUUCCAAAAGUAAGCCUGAUAACCUAGUAAUUCUUAAACAGGAGUCGAAUGAAAUAAUCGCACCAUUGCCAUCUCCUGGGCCUUUAUUAGGUAAUACAAGACUUGUUGAUGCUAGGACACCUACGGAGUUUCAUAGGAAAACAGAAAAUAUUAAAAUUAAGUCUAAAGAAGCUAGUCCUAAAAGGAGAAUAGAAAGCCGUUCUGAUACCUUUAGUCCAAGGAUAUUAGAAAAUAUAUCACCGCGCUCGGCAGAUUUAUACCCACAGUCAAAAAUAAGAUGUGUAGACAUAAACGCUGGAAACUUACGUUCAAUAGAGGAAUUGUCAUCACACAUUAGACAUAAUUCUACUUCACUACAAAUGUUUGGUGGCGAAGUAAAAAUUGUCGAUCACUCUGGCAGUACCACCACUUUACGUAUUGAACCAAGUAAAAACCAAUUAUCGCCUAUUUUAAUACAACAGAAUCUUUCACCAUCGAAAUUUGCCACCGAAUCAGAAGCAAGCAGUGUAGUUGUGCGAUCAGGGCUGCAUUCCGGUGGAACGAUUGUUCAUAAUCCGCCAACACCUAAAGAUGUCCUAGGCACGCCACAACCUCAAAGUACUAGGAUGUCAAUAUCAACUUCUACUUUACAAAAUUCGAAUUUGCCUAAUAUUCACGAUAUUUCCCACUUCCCUUUUCCACCUUUAAGUGCUAUUACAGCGUACAAUCCACUUACUCUGCCGCCGCUUAGUCCUACCUCGUCACCAAAUGGUGCCACAACAAUAUUACAUGGUGGGAAACUAAUACCACAUGUGCCAGGAAUGCCAGGACCAAAUACAGCGGCUGCCUUUAUCGGAAGCGGCACAAUGUCCCAAAAGAUAACAUGUACUGAUAAACACCAUCCUGUUCCCAUUGUCGAAAAUAACCAAGACUACAUACAAACAGGAAAGGUAACAGUGUCUAAUUAUGAAAAAGCACUUAAAUCCAGAAGCCCCAGUUCUAGAUCUUUGGCUUAUGAAUCUGAUAAAUAUAACCAUAACCUGGAAACCUACAAAGGCGAUAUACCACAUUAUAUGACAAAUAUUCCCACUAUUAAAGUAAAAAAUAUAGAAGAACCAAAUAGCCAUUCGGUUGCGAAGACUUAUUCUUCAAACAUAGUUCGUAUUGUUACGCCAAGGCAAGAGUUAACAGUGAAGAGAAAUUCUGAUGGUAUGGCCAAAAUAUCGGUACUAAAAGAAAAUACAAAUAAUUCUCUUGGCAGGCAUAUAAAUAAAGAUUUAAUUCCGUCAAUACCAAACAUAAAUGUUGAAGUUAAGUCUGAAAAUGAUAUUAGAAAUUUUAAUUUUGAAAAUCUUAUAACAAAAGCGGAAAUCUAUAAUAAUCAAAUACAAAGUUCCUCUGAAGUGCAGAAAAACACAAAUGUUCAAGAGACAAUUAUGUCAUCUGUCCAUAAUGAGAGAUCGGAAACAUCGUACUUCCAAAAAAACUCCGCAACGCGCCCUACAAGUGACGAUAGAAAACCAAAAUUUUUGAGACCGUCUACCUUACCGUUAAAACCUGGCACGUUUACACCAAAACGACAUCACGGCAUAACGCCUAAUGCGAACACAAUGCCUUUGGUCUCUCCUGAAACCCCACGACCGGCAAAAGCUUACGGGCAGCUGUAUUUAAAUGGGAACGCGUAUACAUAUUUAGGAUUGAAAUGUUCAACAAAAGUCUUCUAUUGUACAAUAAAUCGUCCUCAACCAACAUAUGUGCCAAAUCAGCAUUUCCUAUCGAUGUACAGCAAUUGGCAGUUACUAUCUGAGCUGACGCCAGACCCGCUGGGAUUGUCAGCGUCGUCUGCGAUGUCUUUGUAUGACUCACGUCAUCGACCGCAAAAUGUAACUACUGCUGUGAUUAAGCAGGACCUCAUAUUGACUCAUUCAUCACAAUCGAAUAAAAAGUCAAAGGAAUAUUAUAAUCAGCAGGCAAUUACAUCCAUUGAUAGUAGAAAAUCAGAAGAAUCGAAACAACAGCCUUCAGACAUAUCAACGUCUAAAAAGGAGCUAACAGGUGGUUUUGAAAGUAACGAAGAAUAUACAUAUGUCCGUGGUCGCGGUAGAGGUCGUUAUGUUUGUUCGGAAUGUGGAAUUCGCUGUAAAAAGCCGUCGAUGCUAAAGAAACAUAUUCGCACACACACCGAUGUUCGACCUUACACGUGCACUCAUUGUGCCUUUAGUUUUAAAACCAAGGGAAAUUUAACGAAGCAUAUGAAGAGUAAAGCUCAUUAUAAGAAGUGUUGUGAAUUGGGAAUAAAUCCGAACGAAGGCAACGAGGAAGGUUCGGAGAUGACACACUGUUCUGGAGAAACUGACGACGAAACUGAUUCCGACGGUGACGAGGGAAAUGAAGGCGAAACUGAAUCGAGCGAUACGGAGCUGUAUAAGUCGCGUUUGCCGGAACAUGAAGCUGCACAUUGUUUGCUAUCACUAGGAGGAUGCCGCACUGCUACGUCUGCAACACCGGGGCUGAUAACUAGUGCCAGGCCUACUACUUACCCUUACACCCCUGUAGACAUGGAUAGCAUCACAUCUGACUCUAAUCUCGAAAGUACUCCGAUGGCUAAGACAAAUUCCGUUGAUGUAAGAUUAGAUGUUGAUAACGAACCUAUGGAUUUAAGUCGAAAUGACGUAAAAGCUCCUAAUUUACCAGAAAUUCCGACUGCUAAAGAAUCAAGUGUCUUAGCCUCUUUAGCAUCGAAUACGGCAAAACUUCCGCAACAACAAAGUCAGUGGUCUAACGGAGAGCCCAUGUUACAUACAUAUUUAACUGAACGGGCUCUUCUUGAUUCCAAGAUAAAACAAAGUCAACUUACGUCUAACCUGAGCAAAUUGAGAAAAAUAGACAUAGAUAAAUCCACGUUUAUUGACGCAGAUGAGAUAUCGGAAAGCAACAAUGGCCUCAUCAGUAAUAACAUUACGACACCAAUUACAUCAUCACAAGUAAACAUCUCAAAACCGAUCGUAUCGAGUGCCAGCGAUAGUGGAGUGAAGUCAUUACUUGUUGCUAAAGAAGAAAUUGCGAGAACCUCCACCGAUGUGUCUCAUUCUGUUAGUUAUAUUACAGAACCUAAACGAGCUAGAACUCCUAAUAAUAAUUCUGAAAAUGCUAAGCACGUCGUCUCUGAGUAUCUCAAACACGCUAGAAUUAAUCUUAUUAAAACUCGCGAUGAAACAUACCAAAAUCAAACUGAUAAUAACUCUAGUGACGAAAGCAAUAGCAGUAAAAUGAACACCGAGGAAAAGUCGCAAAACGAUGAUAUUACUAUUUCGGAGUCAGAAUCGUUAAAAAUGCCACCCAUAGAUCAUGAUCCAGUUGCUCGAAAAGUUGUAAUUGGAGCUGGAGGAGUCGCAUUUAAGGUAACAAAGGGGAAAGACUUCGAAGGAGCGCCAUAUUCACCGGGAAGAUUAAUGGAAGAUGGAAGGAGAGUGUGUGACUUUUGUAACAAAACAUUCACCAAGCCCUCUCAGUUAAGGUUGCACCUUAACAUACACUACAUGGAAAGACCUUUUCGAUGCAGUGUUUGUGCGGUAAGUUUUAGAACUAGAGGUCAUCUGCAAAAGCAUGAACGAUCUGGUUCACACCAUAAUAAGGUUUCCAUGACUUCAACGUUUGGAACGGCGACAUCAUUCAAUCCUCGCCCAUUCCGCUGCUCAGAUUGUAAUAUCGCCUUCAGAAUACACGGUCAUUUAGCUAAACAUUUAAGAAGCAAAAUGCACGUAAUGAGGCUUGAAUGUUUAUUUAAACUUCCGUUUGGUACAUUUACGGAGAUAGAACGCGCUGGCGUUAGUUUAACGGACAUAGACACGACGGAUUGUGCGAGUUCUUUAGCAAGUCUACAGUCACUCGCUCGGAAGCUGCACGAGAAGGACCCUACCAAAUUAGAGUACCGGGAACCUAACGGCGCUGCGGCGAUGCCUCCUGCUGGCAGGGAGUCUUCCGAGGAUGAGGACGGCGCGGUGCCCUCGGACAACGCUUGUGACAAUGAGAGGGACAGUGAGAUGAAAACAAUGGAUCAUAGUGACGGUCAGGACGUUGAAACAAGGAUUAAUUAUAGUGCCACAGAUAAUUAGUGCCAAAAUUAUUUAUAAGUAGGAAUUUUAAUGUGCAAUUUUGAUUUUUUUUCCUGUAUUUUUUUAAUGAAAAGUGUAAUUCAUACUGGGGUUUGACUCAGAUUGUGUGAAAACAAAUUGAUGCGCUUUAAUUGUAUACAUAUUUGUAUGUUUAUUUCUAUACUAUUGUGAAAAUGUAUGUAAAUAGUAUCUCAAGUUUAAGAGAAUUUAAUAUUGUUAUAUUUGCUUCCAUCUCAAGGCUUACGUAUCACGAUUGUAACAAAUAGGUCUAAUGGAAUAGGUAGUAUAGAGUUGUUGAAUUUUCUUCAUAAUUCGAGUAAGGAUAAAAGCUUCCAUUCAAUCUUGUCUAAAAAUUUACAUACAGUAACAUUUUGUGGUCCAUAAUUUUAUAUGUUUGAAAUAUCAAUGAAACAUAUUACAAAAUCUUUAACACUAGUGAAAACUUAAUAGAUACCGUAACUAGACUUUUGUAUGUAU